GGAGUAGUCAAAUGUGCAUCAGAAGCGAUGGCGAAGUAUCGAACUAUGAGGGGCAACCCUCACAAGUGCUCUUCACGCGAAAUUAUUUAGGACAAACUUCCUUUGAUUUUCCCAUGGACCGAAAUUUCCUCACAUGCCCGAUAAAUGUGCUUUUCCUGCUUGCCACUCUGUUUGGUUCCGGCGCUACCAAGGGUCGUACGGCUCUUGAGAUUGGUCAAACACUCCAGCUGCGACGGGACAUGACCGAGCACAACUUGAAACCAGCCAUGGAAGAAGUAAAAAUGCUCUAUCGUGACUUGUAUCAUGAGCUGUCGGCUGAACAGACCGUGACGAAUGACCGCCCAACAAAUGUCAUCAAAAUAGCCAAUGGGAUAUUCCUCAAGGCGGGAUAUGAUGUGGAUACUUUCUUCAACUGGAGUGUGCAGAACGAGUAUUUUUCAAAGUUCUAUCAGCUGAAUUUCGAGGACAACGUGGAGGCAGCCAGGAGAAUAAACAGUUGGGUGAACACGGAAACAAAAGGACUUAUUCCACAAUUAUUCCAAAAUCCGGCGGAAAUACCACGUGAUACUCGCGUAGCACUUGUUAACGUGUUGACAUUCAAAGAUAUGUGGCAACGAAUGUUUUUGCCUGUUCAAACCACCGUUGAAGGAUUUACAAUGGUUAAUGGAAGGCGAAUCGAUGUUCCUAUGAUGAGCAUAACCGAAGAGUUGCCCUAUCUCUAUGAUGCUUCUUUGGGAAUUGCAAUGGUACGCAAAUUUUUCAAGAAUGGGCGAUACUCUUUCGUCGUGGUCAUGCCUACAGAUAAGACAGACAUGACCGGCAUGGAAAGUGUGUUGAGUGGAUCUUAUCGACUGGGUGUUUUGGUUGAGAAGCAAGAAGACCGCUUGGUUUCCUUCAAAUUACCAAAGUUCAAACUGGAGUCAACCUUCAGUUUGAUCGGUAGUUUGGAAUCGAUGGGUAUCAGAAGGCUGUUUCAAAAAGGCAUGGCUGAUAUGACUGGAAUAACCAAUGCCGAGAAGCUCUAUGUGAAUCUUAUGAAGCAGGCUAACGUUCUGAAGGUGGACGAAGCGGGAGUGGAGGCCGCGUCGGCAGUGGUGGGGCUAGCCGUCCCCAUGUCACUUGUUCGUCCUGAAGUGAUGUUUCAUGUCAAUUCUACUUUUGUUUGUAUCAUAUAUGACGAGCAACUCAAAAUGCCGAUUUUCGCAAGUAGGCUCCGAUGCAACCUGCUUAGGACGAGAGUUAGAAGCGCUCGGCAUGGUCAUGGUGGCCAGACGAUCUUAUGUCGUGGAAACUGUGGCCAACCGGAGAGUUUGGUGCAUAUUUUGCAAUCCUGCUGGAUUACGCAUGAUGCCAGAUGUGCUCGUCAUAAUCGGGUUGCAAGGGAACUUGCAAAACGUCUCCGUCGACUGGGGUACACCGUCUUCGAGGAGUUGAGAGCCCCUACUUCUACGUCGUUCAUCAAACCUGACCUAAUCGCUGUUCGAGAUCGCCGUGCAACUGUAAUAGACGUCAGCAUAGUCUCGGAUGGGCGUGGAGUGAUAGUGUGGAAUGAGAAGAAGCAGAAGUAUGGUGCUGAUGAACAUUCCCUCGCCAUAAUCUCAGCCCUACAUGCCAUCGGUUGUGAUAUCGACUUUUUGGUUCACCAACCGAUGAUCAUCUCUUAUCGAGGGAUCUGCUUUCCUCAGUCCGCUAAGCCUGUUAUUGGACUGGGACUUCCUAAGGUCGCGGUCAGUGACUUGUGUUUGCUUGCCAUUGUGGGCUCUCUGCAUACUUAUGACAAUUUUAUGCGUGGCACAUGGCGUUGA